UUUGCCCUUCUUGGGUGUGUGUGGGUCUGCAGGGGGCCUCAGGGAGUGCCCAGUCCCUGUCCCUGUGUCGCAACUCCCUGAUAACCACGGCUAUAAAGGGGUCACGGGGCCGGCCUGGCCGCAGCAGCCGGACAGGGCGGGGGACAGCGGCGAGCGGAGCCGCCACCAUGCCCCGGCUCCCGCUCUUCCUCCCGCUCCUCAUCCUCAGCCGCGCUGUGGCCGUGUCCGUCGUCACCCCUGGGCCGGCUGCCGGUGACCGGGCGCUGCUGGCCGAGCUGGCGGGGCCGGCAGCGCCCGUCCCACCGCGGGUACCGUGCCAGACCCUUCACCCCGACACCCUGCCCGGCUUCUCCCGGCUGCCGGCGCUGCCCCGCGGCCUGGCCCGUGCCGCCAUGACCCUGGCACUGCUCAGGGCCGGCUGUGCCCCCCAGGCCGAGGCCGAGGCGCUGGAGCUGGCGCGGGACUUGGGGACCCCCACGGCCGCGGCGCUGCUGCGGGGGCUGGCGCGGCUCCCGGGCGCUCCGGCCCCGCGGCCGCUGGCCCUGCUGCUCCUCAGCCUGGCACGGCCGGGGGGCUCCGCCUGCGUGGAUCCCACCGGGCUCCGGACCCCCGCGCCCGGCACGGAGCCCGCGGCACGCUCGGCUCGGCGCGGCCGGGAAUUCCCGGGGGUCCGGCCGUGCCGCGGCGCCGUGCGACGCCGGCGGGAGGAUGAGGACGCCUGCAGCCCCCCGGGGGAGCGGGAAGCCCACCGGGUGCUGGAAUGGGUACCGGGAGUCAGCAUCUUCUACAACCUGGGUACCAGCGUCUACUUCGCCUACCAGGGCUGCGAGGCCACGGCGUCCACGCGGGCGCUGGAGGCCGCCGAGGACCUGGGCUACGCCGGGCUGGCCGCGCUCACCGGGGGCCUGGGGGGCCCGGUGGCCAUGGGGGUGCAGCUGGGGCUGCAGCCGGGGCUCAAGGCCGGCGUGCGGGCGCUCAUCGGCUACUUCACGUCGGCCGGGGAGCCCUCGCCGGUGCCCACCGCCCACAGCGGCGCCGUGGUCAUCGUCUGAAUAAAGGGCCACGUGUGGCAGCCGG